CGUGCAGUCAGGUGAGGCAGGGUAGGCAGUGCCUCACCUAGACCAAUGAGAAAAAAGAACGAAAUAAUUUUUUUUUUAAUAAUUUUUUUAACCCUAAUUUUUUUUUUAUUGUGUUUUGAUUGUUGAUUUUUUGCUUUAAAAAUGAAAAAUAAAAAGGUAUAAUGUGUUGUUUUAACGAUAUAAGGAAUGCCCAUAAAGAAAAGCGCGCUUUCCAGGCUUGCCUGAAGUGAACACAGGGGACGGAGGCAGACUCUGCCUCUGCCUCUCUGUGCCGUGUGAAAUGAACGCAAACGGUUUAGGAGGUUUGCGCAUGCGUAGUCUGUUCUCACACUGUCUCUAAUGGGCAUCCCUGAGGCACAGUGCUUCUCUGCUUCUGUGGGUUUCGUGGGUUUCGCGGGUCACCCCCCUCCUCCCCCCCAAGGUUUCGCGCUGCUGUUGUGGCGCGCAGUGAUUUGAUUUCUGCUGCUAGCUAUGGAGAUUACUUCGCUAAAAAAAAUGUCUAGUCUGACAUUUGUGGAAAAAAAAAAAAUAAUAUUAACCGGGAGACCAACACCUGACCUGGAGAAUUUAACGCAAAGGAAGGGACAGAAAAUUGUGAGGACUUUUCAGACAGAAUGGUACAAAAAGAAAGAGUGGUUGUGUGGAUGCAGCCAAGCUAGCAGGCUGUUCUGCUUUCCCUGUCUACUGUUCUCGGUGGGAAGUGAGAGCGUGUGGGUGAAGGAGGGUUAUGGUGACCUGAACAACCUGCCAAGGGCGUUGCUCAAACAUGAGAAAUCCACAGCCCACAUCCACUCUCAGAUCGCCCUGAAAACGUUUGGUAAGAGUCGCAUUGACACAGCCCUGGAUGAGCAGCACAGGCUCCAUGUCACUGCACAUAAUGAAAAGGUGAAGGCUAAUAGAGAAAUUUUAAAAAGCCUCAUUGAUGCCACAUCAUUUCUUGCCAAACAAGAGCUUGCCUUUCGGGGGAAUGACGAGGGAAAUAACUCAAUCAACCGUGGAAAUUAUGUUGAACUUUUGCAUUUGAUGGCAGAAAAGGACGACAAAUUAGCCAAACAUUUGAAAGAGUCAACUGUAUUUGUGGGCACAUCAAAUAGAAUUCAGAAUGACCUCAUCGAAGCCAUCAGUGACGUUGUGAGGUCUAGUAUUAAAAGUGACGUAGACGCUGCAUCUUUCGUUGCAGUCGAAGUGGAUGAGACAACUGAUGCAAACAACAAAGCCCAAAUAUCUGCCGUUUUGCGAUAUGUCAACAGCGACUGUGAAGUGAAGGAGGCCUUUUUGGGAUUUGAUGAUGUCAGCAAUGACAGAAGGGCACAGGGAAUUUCAAAAUACGUCUUGGAUGUAUUGGAGAAAUAUGAAUGCGCUGAGAAAUUGAUCGCACAAACAUACGAUGGCGCUGCUGUGAUGGCCUCGGAGCUCAACGGCGUACAAGCCAAAGUUAAAGAAAAAGUGCCAGAAGCUACAUUUUUGCACUGCUAUGCACAUAAAUUGAAUUUGGUUCUGUCACAAUCAGCCAAAUCCAUCCCGGAGUGUAAAGUUUUUUUCAAAAGUGCUGAAGGGCUCUCAGCAUUUUUCACGAAGUCCACCAAACGCACACACCUGCUAGAUGAAAUAGUGAAAUGCCGCAUCCCUCGAGCAUCAUCUGUUAGGUGGAAUUCAAACUCCAGACUGGUACAAACUAUCCUCCAACACUUACCAGAUCUCCACCAGUUGUUCCGGACAAUGAUGGAUAACUCCGAUGAAUGGGACGGUGAGACCAUCGCUAUGGCCUCUGGAUUUGAUCUCUGGCUGUCAAAAGCAUCCACCUAUUUUCUCCUGAUGGUCUAUGAUGGCAUAUUUAAUGUGACAGACGCAUUAUUCCGUGUUCUUCAAAACAAGGCAAUGGACAUCGGCGUGUGCUGUGCACGCGUCAGAGACACUAUGUGUGCUCUGAGCAAUCAGCGCGACCAGUUUGACAGUUUAUAUGAUCGUUUCGAACAGAAAAAAAAUGAACUGAAACUGACGGACAACAGUCGCCGGACCCAAUCUCCAAGAGACGAGAGGAGAAUGAUCUACACGAGUGUACUUGAUAACAUAACUGAGCAACUGAAGGCCAGAUUUGACAAUUUAAAUGAACUUGCUUUCCUCGGCUUGGUUGACAGCAAGAAAUUUUCUGAGAUGUCAGCUAAUUUUGACACUGAGAAACUCAAUAGCUUGUCAAAAUACGCAAGAUUCUUUGAUCAAGUUCGAUUACAGUCUGAUUUGGUGGGAUUAUAUUGCUCACAACUGGUCCAGGGAAUGUCACCUGCACAGCUGCUCUCAUUCUUGAAAGACAAUGACCUCCAGGAGACUGUACCAGAGGCCACAAAGUUAUUAAAGCUGGUCUUAACGAUACCUGCUACAACGGCAUCCGUGGAGAGGACGUUUUCAGCUUUAAAGCGCAUCAAGACGUAUAACCGUAAUAGGAUGCACCAGGAUAGACUUUCAGCAUUGGCGCUGAUCUCCAUUGAAAAGGAGAGACUCAUGACAUUACAGAACGCUGCAAACAAGGAUGACUUCUACAACAAAGUCAUCAACAAGUUCGUGCAGAGGGACAGGCGCAUGGACUUCAUCUACAAAUAAAACCGAAAUCUGCAUCUGAUACUUCUGGUGUUUGUCAAAAAGAAGAAGAAGAGGAGGAGUCUUUAUUGUCAGAAAAUGGACAACACGAUGACUCUGGUUCUCUGCAUCCCACCCAUCCCGAAUCUGAAUCUUAGCCGGUGCCUUGGUCAAGGUUAGUGACUGGAAACCACCGUGCUACUUUUUCUAGCAUGAGUAACAAAGUAACAUGAAAGCUGACUCAACUGUGACACUCUCAAGAUUUUCUAAGCGUUAACUAGUUGGGCUAUGCAAUAAUAGCUGUUUUAGUGGUAUUUAUUAGAUAAAUAGAUCUACAUGAAUGAAUGGUACACUGUAAAAAUCACAGUGGUUCCCAUAAGUGACAUGAUUUGCAUAAAAUCCAUAAUUUGUGCUAGAAUUUGAGCGGAAAUCAUAUUACAGAAAGAGAUUGUUUGAUUUCCCACACAGAUACUUCAUAUGGUCAGAUUCAUGUAGACAUGUAAUCCAGGUUAAAGACAACAUGCCUGUGGAAGAUGGAGGUGGGUGAAGUAUCACUUGAGUACAUUAUGCAAGAGAAUAUACAGGUGCAUCUUAAACUGAAUUGUUACGGAGUCCUGGGUUUAUCUGUGUGUCACCAAUGACUAGAAUAUACUGUACAUUCAUUGUAUCCAUAUGUAUGGUGAAAUGUCUGCCAGUGAUCUUUCAACAAGCAUGAUAGAAUUGCUCAAUACUAAAGAGACGGGGAAGUGAGUGUUUCACAAGGCAUCCUGCCUCAGAACAGAACUUUAUUGUUGUCUGUAUUUUGGCUGCACAUGCAGGUGCGAUCCCCAGGUUAGUCAAAUCCUGCCAUGAUAGCAAGGUGUCAGCUUGUGUGUAUUUAGAGAUGCAAUGCAAAGCAUGACUCAUUGUUUGUGUUGCCAAGAAUGGAUUCAAAAUUUUCCGCUGCUUGUUUUUCACCAAGCCGCUCCCCUGAUCACCUGAUCACCUGAUCAUCGUCAUAUCUGCUGAGGAAGAAAAUACACAUUUGGAGUGACAGAGCCCUUUGACCUCCAGUCCUUAAAUGGUGAUUCCUGUCUGUCUCCUAUCACCUUAAUCAAAAGACAUCUAGGGCCGUUUUGAUCACUAUGUUAUGUUAUGUCCUUUGUUUUCCUAUUGUUUGAGCCUGCCAUUUUGUCUUCUUUGUUCUUACUGUGUAAAAUGCUGUAGUUUCAUUUGCUCUGGUUUGGUCAUUUGGUCCACUCACCGGCUCAGAUCCGCUCUGUGCCUGUCAGUCCACCAGUUUACCGGUAUUCUUUGA